AUGGGGGGUGCGGAUUGGGGACCAGUGAUUGUGGCGGUGGCGUUGUUCAUCCUGCUAUCGCCCGGGCUCCUGUUCCAGCUACCUGCAAGAACAAGGGUGGUGGAGUUUGGGAACCUCAGCACGAGCGGGAUAGCCAUUCUGGUCCAUGCUAUCAUUUACUUCUGCAUCAUCACCAUCUUGGUAGUCGCCAUUGGCAUCCAUGACUGGGCAGCACCUCUAAUAGCAGCAGCUUUGUUUGCAUUCCUGCAACCUGGAUUGCUGCUUCAGAUCCCUGGGAAGCAUAGGCCAGUGGAUUUCAUGAACAUGAAGACAAGUUUCCCUUCCAUGUUCGUUCACUGGCUCAUAUAUGGUCUGCUGCUCAUUUUGUUCCUUGUUGUUCUCAAUGCUCACCUCUAUGCCUAA